AUGCUUCUCCAGAGCUUGUUGGUGCUUGGCUGUGCAGCCUUCGGCCUCGCCCGUUCGGUACCACAUAAGAUCGCCCGACAGGAACCGUCUCCUACCGCAAACGCACCUGCACAGUCAACAAUCUGUGGAGACAUCAUUGAAGCUGUGAACGAAGGUUAUCAGCUUUUUGCGGCCAGCGAUGCGUACGAAUGCCUUACAAGUGUUCCAUUCAAUAGCGCGGUUGCGUCACGAUUUAUCAAAUACUGGAACGAGACGCUUCAAUUUCAGAGCACUCUAGCUUAUCUUAAAAGUCCCCCUGAAGGCUAUCAGCAACCAGCGAUCGACUUCGUAGCAGAGCUUGGAAGGAUACAACAACGGGUUGAAGCAGGCGAAUAUUACAACCAGUACAACUUCGAAGCAGAUGUUCAACUCCUUGUCCUCGCCCUAAAAGACGGUCACGUCACGUUGACUGCUGGCGUACUGGCUGCAUUUUCAUUUGCGAGCCCUUACGAGGUUGUGUCUGCCUCAAUUGACGGGAAGCAGGCACCAAAGAUCUAUAUCACAGAUGAUCUUCUCCCAGAGUAUGCAUCAGAAGGCUGGAAGCCAUCAGCGAUCGCCACAAUCAAUGGUACUGAAGUCAAUGAGUUUCUUACAGCCUACGCUGCACUCAACUCAUGGGGGUAUGUUGAACCACAUGCUGAAUGGAACGACCUAAUGUCACAUCCCACACUUGAUAUUCAAGGUGGACUCACCACGUUCUCUGGCUCAGGCACUUUCUACCCUGGCGACAAACUCAUCUUCACGUUCGAGAACGGCACAUCUUUGGACACCAUUUGGUUGGCGGUUUACAAUGAGCCUGCCAACGCCACGGGACCUCUGACGACGGGUGGCGACUUCUACAACUACUUCGUCCUCGGCCUGCUACCGGCUUCGUAUGAGCCAACAGCAUCCGAAAGCUCUGAAUCAUCUGAUACCCCGCAAGCUGCCCCAGGGAACUGGUCAGAAGCGAGUUACGGCGCCUUUCCCGAAGAUCCCAAUAUCGCACAAGACGAUCUUGGUGUCUAUCACAGCGGUCUCGUCACCGGUUAUUUCUACAACGACAUCUCCACCGGUGUAUUGAGCCUGCCGAGCUUCGAUGCAAUUCCUGAAUCAAUAGGAAACUGGGCAGACGCUGUGACAUACUUCAUCGGAAACGCUUCUGACGCAGGUGUUACCAGGGUUGUGAUUGAUCUUCAACGCAAUUCUGGGGGUACUCCGUUCCUUGCUUAUACGAGUUUCAAGGCAUUCUUUCCAGAUCUGACGCCAUUUGCUGGGAGCAGAAGACGCAGUUUCGAAUUGGCCAACGUGUUGGGCUCAGCAACAACUGAGUGGUGGAAUUCCUUGAAUGAAGCCAACGAAACGGAACGUUACACCAAAUACGAUGCUGCGGCCAACGAAUGGGUCAUCACUGAUCGACUCGAUGCUGCUACUGGAAACAAUUUCAGUAGCUGGCAAGAAUACCAAGGUCCUGUUGGUGACAACGGCGAUACCUUCUCGCUUCUUGAACGAUAUGAUCUAGCAAACCCAACUUUCGAUACAGCAGCUUUCGAUCAAUGGUAUCCCGUUAUGUACCUACCUGACAAAUCUGACUGGGCGUUCACGGAGCGCAAGUUUAACCCGGAUCAGAUUGUUCUGCUCACUGAUGGCCUUUGCGCAUCCGCAUGUUCUCUGUUCAUCGAAAUGAUGACUCAGGCCGGAGUCAAAACCAUUGUGGCUGGAGGUCGACCCGCGACUGGACCGAUGCAGGCUGCGAGCGGCAAUCGCGGUGCCAGGUCCUACGACACUUACACACUAGACAACGAUAUGUUGACCGCCCGACAACUCGACGAGCAAGUCAGCACGAAUGUGAAUGCGACGGUGCCUGAAGUGAGGGAUUCUUCCAUUUUCAUCAAAUACGCUCAGUUCAACCUCCGCGACCAGGUCCGGAAGGGUGACACGACUCCGUUGCAGUUCAAGUACGAGGCUGCGGACUGCCGCAUCUACUACACCCUAGCGAACAUCUACAACAUGACGCGUCUAUGGCACGAUGUCUCUGCCGCAGCCUUUGUGGACUCUUCCCUCUGCGUGGAGGGAUCAACUGGCUUUUCAAAGACCAACAACACCAAUCCGACUGCACCGCCGAAGGUUGGUGCACAGGCUCCUAUACUCAGCCCGAAUACCUCUCUGGCUAAGCAAGCGAAGUGGGAUGAGGAUCCAGACGACGGACUUCACAGUGAUGUCGGAAGAGUUGGCACACGUGGCGCCACCCCAUUCCCACGCUGUAUCAAGACCACCGGUGGCCUUGGUUGCCAGGACGCAGGGUCGAUCUGCAGGAAUAUAGAGGUCUAUUGUUCUCGUGAGGGAAAGACUAUACGUGUCGACAGAUGUCUUCCGGAAUGCACGAACAGAAAAGGAAGCGCCACCUGUUUCGGAUCAUGUCUACUCGACUUUCCUAGCGGAGAAACGAAAUCCAUUUAUAAUAACGAAGCAGGAACUCAGUAUCAGGAGAAACUAUCUUCUGGUUACUGCCGUCCCACUACAGGCACUCGGGCGCUUGGGUGUGCGUACGACCCGGUUGCUCCUAGGUUAUAG